AUGGCAAGUGUUGACGUUUCUCAACUCUCAAAGCAAGAACAUGAUGAGCUCGUAUGCGCUUACGCUGCUCUCCUCUUACACGAUGAUGGACUCGAAAUCAAUGGAGAGAAAUUAGCCAAGGUUAUCAAGGCAAGUGGAAAUGAAGUAGAAGCUUACUGGCCCGCUCUCUUCGCCAAGGCCCUCAAGGGAUAAGACAUUGAAGGUUUACUCUCAAACCUCGCUUCAGCUCCAUCAGUUGGAGGUGGCGCUGCUGGCCCAGCUGCUGAGACUACCGCUGUUGCUGCACCCAAGAAAGAAGUUGUUGAGGAAAAGAAAAAGGAGGAGGAAGCCGAUGUUGAUAUGGGAGGUCUAUUCGGAGAUGACUAUUGA